CAAACACGAAUUAUUAACCGUCAAUAACCGCCGAAAACGAAUUCGAAGGCGCAAUAUAUAAAACCCUCAAAGUGCCGAAACUCCAAAUCAAGGAUUCCCUCUGAAAAGCCUCCAAUGGAUGAAAGCGAACAAGAAAUGGGCAUCAAAGUGUACAGCGCAACUCCGACAGCAGAAGAUGGAGUGGGAGGGCAGAACCCUAACCCUAACCCUAACCCUAACCCUAACCUUAACAAGCGGCGCGGCAUAAUGGCAAAGGGCGUCCAAAAGAGCCUCUCAAAGACCUCACUCCUGGGAAACUUCCUCCCGACGGGGACACUCCUGACCUUCGAGAUGGUACUCCCUUCCAUCUACAAGAACGGGGAGUGCAGCCACGUCCACGUCAUCAUGAUCCACUUCCUCCUCCUCCUCUGCGCCCUCUCCUGCUUCUUCUUCCACUUCACCGACAGUUUCCACGGCCCCGACGGAAACCUCUACUACGGCUUUCUCACCCCUAAGGGCUUCUCCGUCUUCAAGCCUGGCCUCCCCGACGUCGCCGUCCCCAAGGACGACAGGUUUAGGCUCGCCUUCACCGACCUCGUCCACGCCGUCAUGUCCGUCAUGGUGUUCCUCGCCAUCGCUGUCUCCGACCAUAGGGUCACCAAUUGCAUCUUCCCUGGUCACGAGAAGGACAUGGAACAGGUUAGGGAGACUUUCCCCUUGAUGAUGGGGAUUCUUUGCAGCGCCUUGUUUCUCGUCUUUCCCACUUUCAGACGUGGGAUUGGAUGCAUGUCUGCCUAGUUCUAUCUCAUUUCCUGAUUAAACACGUCAUCUCAUCUCAUGUCAUGUCAUGUCAUGUCAUGUCAUGUCAUGUCAUGUCAUGUCAUGUCAUGUCAUGUCAUGUCAUGUGCUUGCUUUAUUAAUCACUACUUCUUUUAUGCUUCAUACUCCAAACCUCCUUCUGGGUUCAUCCACUGUCACUGGUUAGUCAACAUUAUACAUUCAUACUUAUACGUUGUCAAAACAGUCUAUUUAUUCAGUAAAAUGUCUUGUGUUUGAUAUGCUAUGUGCGAAAAACUCUUGUAGUCACCAAGUUAAAGAUGCUUUUGCCAUGGCUAAGAAAAAUAUUUCACAUUGAGAUUCGGUCUAAGAACUGGACUACUUUUGUAGUGGUUUCAAGAAUUAUGAUAGGUUAAGAAUUUAAUUUGUUUAGCGAAAAUGUUCAUUUUCUAUUAUAUAUUUGUGU